AUGGAAAAGGCCUACAGAAGAAGUUCUAUCUCGAAAAAGAGGUAAGACUAAUUGCUUCAGAGAGGUAAAACGAGCAAGAAACAACAGCCUCAAACUAGUUUGAUUAAUUUAAAUCCAACAGCUGCUGAUAAAUUCAAAGUAUUCGAAGAAAAUAAUAAUAUGAUUCUUAAAAUGGUAGGAGUCAAUGAAGAUAGCUUAAAUUUUGCAUCUGAUUAGUUUGAAGCAGAGUCAAAUGUCAUAAAAGAAAAUAUUGAGAACAUAAAUCCAAAUAAGAAGUUUGAAGAGAUUAGCAUAUCUGGUUAUCCUAAGAGUGUACCAGUUACAUCAUAUCGAUCUUUACCAAGUGAUAACUCAUCAAUUCAAUAUUCAAGCAAUGGAGAUCCAUCAAGUAAUGACUGCUUGCAAAAUAAAUCUGAAAUGACUGAAACUUAAUCCUCUUAAAGUUGUGCGAAUCUAAACUAAGCUAUGCAGAAUGAAUCUGAAAAUUAGUAUCAGCAGUUAAAUUUGCUGAAACUAAUAGAUGACUACAAAUUAGAUGCCAAAAAAUCAGUUGAAAUGAUUGAAUAGAACCAAAAGAUCUGGUUUGUAAAUCCCUCAAAUAUUGAGAAGGAGAUUAACAUGGUUAAGAAGCAUCUUACUGAUUUGAUAAAGCAAAAAUAAGGCAUCUUAAAAACUCAAAACGAAUUAAAGAGUAUUCAUACAGCUGCUAUUGAGAAAUAAAAGACAUAGCUUGAUGAGGAAUACAUCAGACUUAGACUCUAGACUACAAAUCUGCAAUAAUUAUAAGUUCUAAAGCAUGGAAAUAAAUCUUAAAGUCACUUAGGCAGAGAAAAAGAAGCAAGAGAUGAUGGAAUUGAAAUAGUCAAAAAUAGCUUAGCUUCAACAUAUGAAGAAGAGGCUAUAGUUAAUUUAGGAUAGAAAGGAAAUAUCAGAGUUUUUGCAAGAGUGAGACCAAUACUCCCUUAAGAUUUUAAAGCUUAUGGGGGUACUGAGGAAUCCUUCUAGCAGCUUACUUAGUCUAUAAAGAUUCUAAAUAAGACUUAGAUAGCCAUUCUUGAUGAAAAGAAAGAAUCUUUGUUUAACUUUGACAAUGCUUUUGGCAAUUCUAUUAAUCAAAAUUAAAUAUAUUAGGAGGUUUAACCAUUAAUAAGAAGUUUUCUUGACGGUUAUGAUGUAGUUAUCAUAGCAUAUGGGCAAACUGGCAGUGGAAAAACAUAUACUAUGGGUACAGAAGCUUCUAAACAAACCUCCGAUGCUAACUUAGGCAUAAUACCAAGAGCUAUAAAGGAUAUCUUGAGGGAGUAUAGUGAUUUACCAGAGAAUGAGAGACCAGAAAUAAGAUUAUCCUUCCAAGAAAUUUAUAAUGAAGUGGUUAGAGACUUAAUGAAUAAGAAUAAUACUUUAGUCUAGAUUAAUCAGGGUUGCAGAUAUGAACCUGAUUCAAUUAUAGCUAAAGAUGAGGGUCAUAUACAUCAACUUCUCAAGCUUGCUGAAAAUAACUGA